CCGACAGACAGGGAGAUAAACCUCUUGGAGAGUUCAACACUGAAGAAGUCUGCCAAUGGUUCAGCAGGAUCGGCCUGCACAAAUGCCUUACGUACAUCAUGGAGGCAGAGCUGUGUGGAACUGAUAUAGCCUCAAUAGACCUGACAACCCUGGAGGUCCUUCACAUCUCCAGUCUGGAGGAGAGAGAGCAGCUCCUAUCAGCUGUAUACAGAGAGCUACACCCGCCCAGCACCACCUCACAGAAACUGGACUCCCUGUUGGAAACCUUGGGUCCUAACAACGUAGAGAAAUUCACAGCAGCAUUGGUGACCAUGAGCAAAUCCAAGUCCUUUCAGCAUGUAAGCUGCCUCAACAUGAAUCAAAGGAAAUCCUUUAAAUUCAGAUGCAAAAGCCCUGACCCUAUGAACCAGAGGACCUCUCUGCUGAUGGAGAUCACCAUAAAUGCGUCAGUGCAGAUAGUCCAUCUGCGGAUCCCCAGAGAGACCACGGUGGGGAAGGUGAUGGAGUCCUGUCUAAGGAUGCUAGGAAUGACAGAGGACAAGGAACUCUUCAGCCUCACAGACAAACCAGGUUCUUCAGAGGAGCUGUCAUCAGAUCAACAGAUAGUUGACUUGGCAAGCUCAGAGAACAAAUAUCUAGAGCUGUAUCUGUGCAAAAAGGAGAAACCUAAAGGUGUUGUCAAGCCCCAAUCCUCAGCUACAACUUUCAACGGGUCCCUUGGCAACGGCCCAGUCAAUCAAACCCGCCAGGUACAGGUGGUCAGCCAGCCAGGUAAAGAGGAAAAGAUACGUGAGCUCCAUGAACAGGUGGACUCUCUACAGAACGUCAUCCAGGAGGUUCAGGAGAUCCACCACGGCCUGGUAGCAUUCUGCUCAGAGCUGAAGAGAAAGGAAGGGGAGGUGGAUGCGUCGGGGCUAAGAUCCCCAGAGCUGAAGCAGCGCCUUGGGCUGGCUGUGGGACUGCUCAGGGACAAGAGACACAGUCUACAGAGCCUCCGAGAGUCCAUGAGAGACACAGCUGCUCACACGAACAAGUAUGUUCAUAACAAAACUGUUUUUCCCAUUAUGCAAUGCGCCAAAGAAAAUGUAACUUUUAUGUGAAAUGCAUUGGAUCACAGCAACAAUUAGGUAUAUUAUAUUAUAUAUAUUAUAUUAUUUAUAUUAUAUGUCAUAUUGGUCUCUCAGACGUAGUACAUGGCUGACAAAGUAUUGAUGGGAAUUGAACUGGCGACCUUCAGGUUUCAGGCUUCCUGUCGCCCUACUACGGACAAAAUAUUAGUAGGUCUAAUAGUGAUGUUUGAGACAAGCAUUUGUGACUUUUGAUUAGCUUUUAGAACUAGUUUUUAACACUUUGGUCUCCGGUAGCCUAAACCUUUUUCAUAAAAAAAUUCUAUAGCAUGUCAUAUGUUCCCAACCAAUAA